AUGGGCAAGUUUAAAGGGAUCCAGCCAUGCCUCACUGCAGUCACACAAUCAGGGAAUGUGUUCAUCCAUAACCCUCACAUGCGUGGCCAGUGGCAGGCAGCCUACCGUCUGAGCCAGAGUGCCCAGGACUCAGACAUCUCUUUGCUCAACAUCAACCAGGCAUUGAGCUACUUGACAGCUGGUACUCGACGACCCAACACCACUGGAGACACGCUCCUCGUGGGCACCCUGACAAACCUGGCCUAUGAUGUACGCGAAAUUGCUGACAUCUUCAACAGAGAGGUGACAGAUGGGGACAAUGCCAUCGCUUUAGGGAAAUUGGCGAACAUUCAGUCUCCCCUCACCAUCAUCGGAGGAAACUGUGCCUUACAAGGAUUUGACUGUGAGGGGAACGACCAGUUCUGGACACUUCUUGUCAGAUCAGAGGACUUUGACAUUAGGUUAUACAGAUGCACAAUUGAGUGUAUCCUGUCGGGCUGUAUGACCGCCUGGUACAGCAACUGCACCACCCACAACCGCAAAGCUUUCCAGUGGGUGGUGUGGUAUGCCCAAAGCAUUACCGGGGGAAAACUUCCUGCCCUCCUGGACACCUACAGCACCCGAUGCCAUAGGAAGGCCAAAAAGAUCAUCAAGGACAUCAAACACACUGCCUGUUCACCCCACAUUUAUCCAGAAGCGAGAAGGUUACCUCCCUCUGUCAUACGCAUGGCAGCAGAACUCAUCAAGGGCUGGUCCAAUGGCAAGUUUCCUGCAAGUGUAAGUAAUGUUGUAAGGCCCCUUGAAGAAGUCAUCUUUGAAGUCAUCUUCAAAGACAGCUUCUCGUCCUCUGUGGCUGGAGGGGUGGAGAGGGACUAUCGCAUGGAUGGACAGAUCCAGCUCAUCUGUACCUCUGUGGAGGUAGAAGUGCGUGGUUACCUGCCUGCCAGUAAGGAGAUGAAGGGGAACCUGAUGGACUCAUGUGUGGAGCAGGAUCUGAUCCGAGAGCUGAGCCAACUCAGGCAGAACCUGCUACUGGAACUAUGCAACUAUAAGGAGAAUACCAAGGAGUGGAAAUGUUGUCUGCAGAGCGCCCAACGUAGGCUACACUUGUGAGAAAAAGGUUUGGGUUUAUUUAAUUACAUUUAUGAGUUGUCAAUGUAUUA